AAUGUAAGAUGUCUGCUGGUCAGACGUUAACUGUCAAAUUCAAGUAAACAUGUAUUUUAUUUUAUUUUAACGUUUUAAUAUGUAAAAUGUAAACUAUUUUAAACAUUUUAUACAAUGGCUCAAGGAGUUUUGAGUUCGGAUAUCUCGAGAAGGAAUCCACAAGACGAUUAUGAAUUAAUUCAGAGAAUUGGGAGUGGAACUUAUGGAGAUGUGUAUAAGGCUAAGCGGUUAUCGACAAAUGAAUUAGCCGCAAUUAAAGUGAUUAAGUUGGAAGCAGGUGAUGAUUUUGGCAUAAUACAGCAAGAAAUUCUUAUGAUGAAAGAUUGUCGUCACCCCAAUAUCAUUGCCUAUUAUGGUAGUUAUUUAAGACGAGAUAAAUUGUGGAUUUGUAUGGAGUAUUGUGGUGGUGGCUCCUUGCAGGAUAUUUAUCACAUCACGGGUCCAUUAUUGGAGAAUCAAAUUGCAUAUAUGUGUCGGGAAACGUUGCUAGGGCUCUCCUACCUGCAUGGAAUGGGAAAGAUGCAUAGGGACAUCAAAGGUGCUAAUAUUUUGCUGACUGAAGCUGGGGACGUUAAACUCGCAGAUUUUGGCGUUUCAGCACAAAUUACUGCCACAAUAAACAAAAGGAAAUCAUUUAUAGGUACCCCUUAUUGGAUGGCCCCUGAAGUCGCGGCUGUUGAGAGAAAGGGCGGCUACAAUCAGCUUUGUGAUAUAUGGGCGAUAGGAAUAACUGCUAUUGAAUUGGCAGAACUCCAGCCACCCAUGUUUGAUUUGCAUCCUAUGAGGGUGCUAGUUUUAAUGUCAAAAAGCGGGUUUAAACCUCCAACAUUGAAGGACAAAGAAAAAUGGAGUCCUGUGUUUCACAGUUUUGUUAAAGUGGCCCUCACAAAAAACCCUAAGAAAAGACCUACCGCAGAGAAAUUGUUGCAGCAUGCGUUUUUUCAAGGAGAUAUGAGUAGAAGACUGGCCUUAGAAUUAUUGCAAAAAGUUAACAAUCCCUCACACAUGUUUGCCGAUGUUGAGCCCGACGAAGAUGGGGCGGUGUCGAAUGUACCUCAGAGGAUUGCAUCGCGCUUGACUUCGCGGCCCAAGGUUCACAGUUCGCAGGUUGUCGAUAUUCAGAGCAUCGAUGAAACCAACAAUAUGCUACAAGGGGACAUCACAGACGCUAUGGUUGAGGAAAAACGUCGACCCUGGGACUUGAUGGACGUGAUGAACAACGUUACCAGCGUGCAUAACUGCAUUGAGCAUCAAAAUAAAAAGUGGGGUAUCGGAACGGCCUUUGAUUCCCUAAGUAGAGAAAACGCCGAUAGAAAAUCUCUGACUGGUUCGCAAAUUUUGAAAAUGUCAUUGAGGAGUCUUUUGCAGUACAUUGACGAAGAGUUGAUGAUGAGGGGCACCUUCAAGUAUCGCCCGACGGAUUAUGAGCAACAGGCGACGUUACCCGUGCAGGACUCGGAAACCAAAUGCGACAUCCACGCAGGCCCCCCCAGUCCGGCGAACGAUUUGAGUUUGAACGGAUCGCCGCGAAGGCACUCCUCCGUCGACGAGAUUUUCGGGUUGGUCAAUUCGAUGAACAUCAACGGCCAAAGACAGAGGUCGUUGAGCGACAGCGGACGCUCAGACAGGGCUAGCAGCGUCAACGGCACCGGCAGCAAACCGAGCAGCAACCACGACGUGAGCGCUCCUGACUUGGUGGCCUGUCCCCCAGUUCCUCCGAGGAAACACAGGAGGAGACACACCCCGCCACGCCCGCCGAGCAACGGGCUACCCCCGACGCCCAAGGUUCACAUGGGCGCGUGUUUCUCCAAGGUGUUCAACGGAUGCCCGUUGAGAAUCUACUGCACCGCGUCGUGGAUCCAUCCGGAGACACGUGACCAGCACAUCUUGAUCGGCGCGGAAGAAGGCAUCUACAACCUGAAUUUGAACGAGCUCCACGAGACGUGCAUAGACCAGUUGUAUAACCGUCGUACCGUGUGGAUGUACGUCAUCAAGGACGUGUUGAUGACGCUGUCGGGGAAAACGCCGCAACUGUACCGGCACGACCUGCUCGCGCUGCAAAGCAAACAGUCGCACCGGUUCAGCCUGCACAUGAACCGCAUUCCCGAGAAACUGGUGCCGAGGAAAUUCGCGCUGACAACGAGGGUGCCCGACACCAGGGGCACGAUGAAAUGUUGCGUCGCGCGGAACCCUUACAACGGGUACAAGUAUCUUUGCGGCGCCACCGUCACCGGCAUAUACCUCAUGCAGUGGUACGACCCACUGAACAAGUUCAUGCUGCUCAAGCACGUGGAAUCGGUGUUGCCAAAUCCGCUGAACGUGUUCGAGAUGAUAAUCACGCCGGAACUUGAGUAUCCUAUGGUUUGCGUGUCCAUUAAACAAGCCUACCAGCCGAACAGGUUCAAAUUGGAUCUCAUCAAUAUGAAUUCGGGCGCGAGCUGGUUCCACUCUGACGAGCUGCAGGACAUGGACGGUACGGCGACGGUGGUCCCGCGACGCGAAAACCUCGACAUCGUUAACGUCACGCAGUUGGACAAAGACUCGAUUCUAGUCUGUUACGAUAAUUUUAUAAGGAUCGUCACGCCGCAGGGCAAACUGAAGAGUAGCAAGAAACAAGUCGCCGAUUUGAGGUUCGACUUUAAGAUCGACAGUAUUCUGUGUCUGCCUGACAGCGUGUUGGCGUUUCACAAACACGGGGUACAAGGCCGGUCUCUAAAAAACGGCGAAGUUACACAGGAAAUCACCGACAUAUCCAGGACUUACAAGCUGUUGGGUUCCGACAAGGUGGUGAUGUUGGAAAGUCAUUUGCUGCGGGGCGGGACGUUGACGGGCGAAGAGGGGCACGAUCUUUACAUACUAGCCGGACACGAGGCGAGCUAUUGAACCUACCGUCUCGAUUGACUAGUUCCCGUUACGGAUUCGCGCUUCGCUUUGGACAAAACUUUAGACUAAUCAAAUCUUAACUUAUUCGUAGAUUAGUUUUUUUUCAUAGCCGAGAGAGAGCGAGAGAUUAAUCGAAAGCGGCAAGAUAGUUUUCGAUCAAAUACAUACGUCAGAGAUUCUCUAUUUUUUUCCCCGUUAGACGUGUGUGUGUGUGGGUAUAUUUAGAUACUGAGAUUGUAAAUCGGAAAAUUUUUGAGAAAUAUAGAAUAGAUAUAUUUUCAAGGUACAUUUUGAAAAGGAGUAAAAAAAAAAGAUGUAUAAAAUGGAAGAAAAUUUACCUGAAAGAAGCAGAUUAGAAGCAAACUUUAUAGAUAGAAUCCUAAGUCAAUUAUUUUGACCAUUUUAGUUCAUUUUGGUGGAUUAGCUGACGCAACGUUCGUCACAGUAGACGGAGGAAUGCGAGUCGCGAUCUGGAUUUUUUAAAGACAGUUCUAGAAAGCUAUUGUCUGGAUUGCGAAAAGCUACUGAAAGGUGUGUAAAAUAUUGAAAGGGAAAUUAUGCGAUUAGGGGAGAAAGUCAAUAUUUUAAACACCAAUCGCAUUCUGAAAUAGGUUUAAGUAGUGUAGCCUCCGUCUCAGUUCAAAAAAGAUUUUGGUUUAUUAGUUGAAUCGGCUCGUUUUGCUUGUCCGAAAACGAAAAUAAUUUUUGGAUUGAGAUCGUUCCCGUUGUACAUUUUUGUAAUAUUUAUCCCGUUCAAGAAUGUUUUUUUUUUUCCCGAUACGCAUCAUCGGUAAUAAUAAUUGGGAAUGUUACGAUAUCACGCACGUUCUUCGUUUAAUUCAUUCGUUUCAAUAUUUGACAAUUGAAUUUGAAAUUACUUUAAAAUCACAUUCUAGCUGAUGUCAAUUUAAACGAUUAUUACAGUGACCAGGUAUCAGCAGCACUUAUUUGGCUGUGUUAUCGUUUUAAUUAUUUUACGACUAUGUUUAUAUUUAAAAAAAAAUGACACUUGUACAUACUGUAAACUAGUUAACAUUAUCCAAGCAUACCAAAAAAUAAUUUAUUAGGUCGACCAAUUUUUUUUGUCUUGAGAAACUGCAUCAACCUGUAUUUAUAUUUUAUAUUAAUUUCAUUUUACGAUACAAUUGUUUUUUUCAAUUCGAUCGUAAUCGUGUUAUAUCCUUGUUUAACAAAAUAAACUUAUUUUAGUUG